AUGUGGUGUGACUUCCAUAGAACUCACGGUCAUAAGACGGCGGGUUGUAGAUAUCUCCGAAAGGAUGUAGCUGGUAUGCUUAACAGGGGGCAUCUGCGAGAGUUCAUGAGUGAAAGAGCUAGGAACAAUUAUGGAAGAGUUGGACCGACAGAUGGAAAAGUUGCACCAGAUGCCCCUUCGCACAUCAUAAAUGUGAUUUUUGGGGGACCCCUGAUUCCAGGUACAACCUUCACGGCGGCCAAAAAAGCCAAUAUCUCUAUAACACGGGAGAAAAAGUUUCGAGAGUUACCGGAUGAAGACACCAUCACUUUCACCGAUAAAGAUGCAAUUGGCAUCAUCUUGUCACAUAACGACGCCCUGGUUAUCAUUGUAUCCAUUGGUUGUUUCCAAGUAAAAUGCGUGCUGGCUGAUCCGGGGAGCUCAGUUAUAUCAUCUAUUGGAAAGUGGUGGAGGAAAUGGGAAUGCUGGAAAAAAUCGUACCGGUUGCAAUGA